AUGGCUACUGGGGAUUUACACCUAGCUCGGUUGAACAAGCUGUGUCGAAUAUGUGGAAACACUCUGCCUGGACGAUCACAUAUUGUCCAAGAGCACAUAAAGAACUUGGACAGUAUUUUCAGAGCUGAUUUUUAUUCUGAUCGGGCAGGCAUUCACCCAAAAAAAUUCUGUCACUCGUGCUUUGCUACAAUAAGUAAUGUCCUAAAACGUGACUCAGCUACCGCUAUUGUGCCUGUUAAAUGGUAUACACAUAAAGACACCGAGUGCAAAACAUGCAUAUUAAGUGCACAAAAAAAGAGAGGUGGCAAACCUAUGAAAAGAAGGGGCGGUGGUAACCCAACACACAAAGCUGUGGAUUCCGCAGAAAAAACUUGGACACCCCUAGAACUUAAUAAAAUUUACAGAAAAACCUCUGAACUUUUUGACUAUAGUGGAAACGUUCUCUCAGACAUAAAUAUCAGUGAAGGCAACUGGGAACAUCUGAUUUGUGCUUUGUGUAGCAAUAUUUUAAAAAGGCCAUUAAUGAUAAACCAAUGUAACCACGUGUUUUGUGCCUUGUGUUUAACAAAUUGGUUGGAAAAUUCAAAUAGAUGUCCCACCUGCAGCAUCCCAACAACACCCGGGGAUGUCUCGCCUGGUUUGUGCAUUUCCAGGAUUUUAAACACACGAGUUGUCAAGGGAACAUGUGGUUGUUCAUUUAAACUGCUGUCUGCACAAUCGCACACAUGCUCUCCAGCAUUGUCAUUUACAACACUAGAGAUGAUGCAGUUGAGCCCUUCCAAGCCUGUACCGAAAAAGGUAGAAGAAUGCAUUGCUCAUGUGGUUGGAAUAAAAAUGCAGCAGUCAAACUUGCCGAAUAAAACUGUCCAAUUGCCCAGUGGAAGUUCACAAGUAAGAUUACUUAUGUAUGGAGUGGACUCAGUAAAAGUGAUUUGA